CGUUUCCCUUCCCCUUUUCUUUUCCCAGAUGGGGACGGCUCUGUAAUCCUGCGACCCGGGAACAAAUACGAGUACAAAUUCGGAUUCGAGCUUCCCCAGGGGCCUCUGGGUACCACCUUCAAGGGAAAGUACGGCUGUGUGGAUUAUUGGGUGAAGGCCUUCCUGGAGCGCCCGUCCUUCCCCACUCAGGAGAUAAAGAAGCGCUUCGAGGUUAUGGAUCCUGUUGAUGUGAACACUCCAGAAUUGCUGUCCCCAGUUGCUGCCAAGAAGGAGAAGAAGGUGUCCUGUAUGUUCAUUCCUGAUGGACGCGUGUCGGUCAGCGCUCAAAUCGACAGGAAGGGCUUUUGUGAAGCCGCCGCCAGCCGCUCGGGCAUCGGCAGCCGCAGCUCCAGCAUGGCCAGUCAGACCAGCUCCGAAAUGAGCUGGGUGGACUUGAACCUCCCUGAUGCUCCGGAAGCACCCCCGUGCUACCUGGACAUCGUUCCCGAAGACCACCGCCUGGAGAGCCCCACCACUCCCCUCCUGGAUGAUCCCGAAAGCUUUGACAGCCCCAUCUUCAUGUACGCUCCGGAGUUCAAGUUCAUGCCACCACCCACCUACACGGAGGUGGACCCCUGCAUCGCUAACAACAACGUGCAGUGAGCGCCGAGGAAAAAGUUACUCUCCCGCUUUUUCCGGACUCUCAAUCCGCCGUGAUGGACACCUUGCGAGCAGCGCCCGGGCCUCGGGUCUAGGAGCCCCGCUGCAGGAGGAGCGGCCGCUCGAAGGGCAACCCCCGGCUCUGCUCGGCGAGCGUGGAAGAGGCGAUGAGGUGUACGAGUCUUUCGCGUUCCCUCGCGUGUUGG